AGGACUAGCAGCGGUGAAACACAGACCGCAACGCCUCACAGGAGCUGGGAGCUCACCUAAAACCUCACGUUGGAGGUGGAAUAAGUGCUGGGUGUCGCCUGAACAUAGCGGUUUACAUGUACAGCAGUCUCGGCUGAGGGCAACAUUGUGUGUUCGAGGACUGUACGCUGCGAUGUCGGAGUUUCUGGUGAGUCUACUCGGGGAGCGGCUCGUCAACAGCGAGAAAGCCGAGGUGGACGUGCAGUCGCUGGGCGCCAAGCUCUCCCUGGUCGGGCUCUUCUUCGGAUGCAGCCUGAACGCCCCGUGCAAGCAGUUCAACGGCAGCCUGUGCGAGUUUUACAGCAGGUUCAAAAAGACGUCUGAUCAUAAGGACAAAUUGGAAAUCGUCUUCAUCUCGUCUGAUCAGGACCAGAAACACUGGCAAGACUUUUUGCAGGAGAUGCCAUGGCCUGCGUUACCUUUCAAAGACAGACACAAAAAGAUGAAGCUGUGGAACAAGUACAAGGUAACCAGUAUCCCAUCUCUGGUGUUUGUGGAUGCAGCUACGGGGAAGGUGGUGUGUCGAAACGGUCUCCUGGUGGUCAGAGAUGACCCUAAAGGCCUGGAGUUCCCCUGGGGGCCAAAGCCGUUUGCGGAGGUGGUGGCAGGGCCUCUGCUUAGGAACAACAGGCAGACAACAGACAGCAGCUCUCUGGAGGGACACUACGUGGGAGUGUACUUCUCAGCACACUGGUGUCCGCCGUGCCGCAGUUUGACCCGGGUCUUGGUGGAAUCGUAUCGAAUCGUUAAAGAGUCGGGUCAGAAGUUUGAGAUCGUGUUUGUCAGCGCUGACAGAUCAGAGGAAUCCUUUAAGCAAUACUUCAGUGAGAUGCCGUGGUUGGCAGUGCCAUAUUCAGAUGAGGCUCGGCGGUCACGACUCAACAGACUCUAUGGAAUACAAGGUAUUCCCACGCUGAUUCUGUUGGACGCAGAGGGUCACAUGAUCACGCGACAGGGCCGCGUGGAGGUGCUGAACGACCCGGAGUGCCGGCUCUUUCCCUGGCACCCUCGGCCCGUGCUCGAGCUCAGCGAGUCAAACGCCGUGCAGCUCCACGAGGGUCCCUGCCUCGUCCUGUUUGUGGAUGCUGAGGAGGAGGGAGAGUUGGAGCCGGCCAAGGAGCUGAUUCAACCAAUAGCAGAGAAGCUCAUGGCAAAGUACAAAGCCAAGGAGGAGGAGACGCCGCUGCUGUUCUUUGUGGCUGGAGAGGAUGACAUGAGCGACUCCCUGCGAGACUACACCAACCUCCCAGAAGCAGCGCCUCUGCUCACUAUCCUGGACAUGUCGGCCCGCGCCAAGUACGUCCGCGACGUCGAAGAGAUCACGCCGGCCGUAGUGGAGCAAUUUGUCAGCGACUUCCUGGCUGAAAAGCUCAAACCAGAGCCCAUCUAAAGAGGACGUCCAAAUAUAAAUCGGAUAUACUAUGUUGGGGCUCACUCCAUCAUCGACCCCUGACCUGUUGCUACGCCCCUCACCCUUCCCAGUCCUCCCACUAUCUCUCUCACCUCUCCUCCUGACCUUGUCAGACUGUUAGAGAGAUGUCUCACUUUUUACUGACAUUUUAACAUUUUUUUAGACAUGUUCCUCUUUUCAUGGAGUCCUCUCUUUCUCCUGUGGUGCCUUGCAUUGACUAUAGUCCCUACAGUAAUAUAUAUGGAGAUUCUGUUGGUUUUUUUGGCCUCAAGAAAAGUAUUUGUAUUUUUUUUUUUUUUUUUUUUUUUUUUUUUUUCAAACAAUAGCAUUUCUGAAUUCUAGAGAAAACCAGAGAAUUACCCAGUGGACCUACUUAUUCAGCUGAUUCUUUGCUUUCUUUGUGUCUUGUCUGCAAGAUCCUUGUUACUUUUGGUUUCUGAAUGAUGUUGAGAGAGAACAAAAUACAUUUUUACAGUUGUAAUUCACAUGUAUACUUAGUGCAAAUGUGGUAAACCUCAGUUGGAUGUAGCCGUAAGCAAAAACAGUAUGACAGGUGCACAUACAGUAAAGAUCACAUUAUACUUGCUUGUAACAGAACAAUGACUGAUGUUUUAAAACUCCUGUGUCUUGUGGUGUGUUAUGAUGUGAGUGAAAGUCAUCUCUAGCCAGUCGUUAUGGUGGUUCUCAUCUCAUAGUCAUUAUGAGGACUUUCUGUGAAGGUCCUCUGAUGAAAAGGCCGGUUUAGUCCUGAAGGCACAAAAUGGCAUUUGAAAAAGUGUUGAAUGUAUAAAUCCCUAUAUUCUGUUACUUCAGUCAUGACUUCUCACACCCAUUAAAAUUUCACUGGCAAGCACAAAGCUCUGUUCCUGUUAAGUUCUACCAAUAAAGUUAGCUUGUGGAUAUGUAAAAUACACACAAUGCAAGUAUUUCAGUAAUACUCAUGGUCUCAAAGGAACUUAAUGCAAAUGUUGCAUUUAUUGUCAGAGACAGUAUGCAGAUUGAUUUUUGUUAAUUUAUAAACUCCAGGUGCAACGGAGACUUUUGACCUCACACUCAAGUGUCGUGAGUUCUGCAUAAUUGCAGAGACAUUGUUGCUGCAAGGACUGACAGUGAGUCUUGUCCUUUCCAGCGUGAAUCUAAUAAGUGCAUGCAUCUAUUUAAGGCUUGUAGGAACUGGGUAAUGGGUGUGCUUAUGUGAUUUUUCUUUUCAUUAAAGUGAGGGUAGUGUCUUUUUGGAGAGUCAGGGGAAGAGGGAUUUAUAGCUUUCUUCAGCCUCCUUUGUGAGAUUUAUUGUGUAAGGAAAAACUCAAAUUUACAUCAAAAGAUAGCUUUUGUGUGGUAAAACAGGUGCUUUUUGGCCAUAAGCAGAGCACAACAGUCCUACUCGCCUCUUUCAGACAUUAAUCCUAAUCACACCCAGUAAGACUGCUGCAUCACUGUCAACGUGGCACAAGUCUGAACUGAAUGCUGUUAGAUUAACAUGAAAGCUGCAGCAGCACAAGGUACCACAUGCACAAAAAGAGAGAGAACUGUGUCUUAAAGCUCCUUCUGAAAUCACUCUAUAAACGGCAUGUCUCUCAAUUAUCAUCUCUUAUGCAAAAAAAAAAGCUGUUUAACACAUUGGGAAACACUUUCAAACAGACAAUUUAAAGUUUUUAUGGAUAUUUUUCUCACAUCACAUCAGCCUAUUAAAAAAAAAAAAAAAUACGUACGAGCAAGUAAUGGGUGAUAAUCUGAGCAAUGGUCUGUCCCUAUAUUCUAAAUUCUGGGGCUCUUUCUGUAAAUGUGCCGUCGUGUUUGAAUAAAGCCUUAAGUAGAGCUGUUACGUAUUUCAAGUCUGAGAAGAGCUUUCUGUAUUCAGGCUUUAGAACAGCAGCUGUUCCUGUUCUUUUUUCAAUAUUCGAGUGGCUGUAUUUUUCACUAUUCUGUUUUACUUGCCGUUAAUAUUCUUUGGAGACAUUGGAGGAAUGGUAUUGCAGCUGUUGUCAAGGGGAGAGUGGAACAACACUGGGUAAGUCUUUGCUUUUUCAUUAAAUUAAAUAUAAGGCAAGACGAGUUUAUUUGUAUAGCACAUCAUACACAGAGGUCAUUCAGUGUGCUUAACAGAAAUAAAAGAAGCGUAAAGAUUUAGCCUCCACUCCCUACCCUGAUAACUUUCACACAGUCCCUUAACAUUUCCGAUACUGAGUUCAGGAGCAUUUUUCAAGCCAACACAGGCAGGAAAAAAUGACAUCAGGCAAUCAGUCAACUAUUUGAUUCAGUAAUUUUUCAAUCAAAAAUGCCACAUUCUCUGGUUUUGUCAGAAUUUACAGAUUUCUUUGUCAUCUAUGGUAGUGCACUGAAAAUCCUUUAGUUUGGGCUGAUGCUUUUCUGAUUAAUUGAGAGAAUCAUCAGAUUACUUGAUCAUGAAA